GGUUCUACAAAGACAUGAAUGCAAAAGGUCUUGAGAAAAAGUCCAACUUUGAGCUGCUAGAAAAAGAAGUGGGCCUGGACCUCUUCUUUCCUCAACAGCUGAUUAACAGCAUGAAGUCAAAGCAGCUACGGAAGUUGAUCCAGCAAACAUUUCAACGGUAUGCAACACUCAAGGAGGAUGACUGCAUGAUCAAGUUUUUUGAGACCCUCAAAGACUUCGUCAAUUAUGAUGAGGAGGUUUUCCGGUGUGAACUAGUGCAAGGUUGGAGUCUAGCAGUGGAGCUGGUCAUCGGCGGGAGGGGGAUUCGACAACGCACACAGAAGAAUUCAGCACCUGUUUUUCUAGCUGACUUCAAACAGAUCAAGAAAAUACAAUGUUCAUCUCUGAGUGACAACAAGGCUCUCAUAGACCUCAGCGUAGAGGGGGCCAGACAAUGUCUGUCGAUCAAUGUGGCCACGAUGCCGAUGGCUGAGAACAUGAUGGACCUUAUUGAUGGCUACUGUCGCUUGGAAAAGGACACAGAUGAAAGUGUCAUCUACCAACCAAACAAAGAAGCCAACACGCGGCUCGCCCUACCUGAGCUUCCUACAAACACCAGAAACAGCAGCUCGCUCAGACACAGCAUGGGGUCAGAUAUCUAUUGUGAGAUUCUUGAUGAAAGGCCGACGUCAGUUGUGAAGUACGGGAUUGACAGAGGUGACAUUGUUCUUGGCAAAAUCCUUGGUGAGGGUUUUUUCGGGGAAGUCUACGAAGGAGUUUACAAAAAAGACAGUGGCGAAAGGGUUAAUGUGGCAGUAAAGACGUGCAAAGACUGCUCACCCGAUGUGAUGGAGAAGUUCAUGAGUGAAGCAGUAAUUAUGAAGAACCUCGAUCAUCAGCACAUCGUCAAACUGAUCGGAAUCAUCGAGGAGGAUCCUGUGUGGAUCGUUAUGGAGCUUUAUCAGUAUGGAGAGCUGGGGAACUACCUAACUCAGAACCAGAAAACACUGACAAACACAACUCUGGUGCUGUUCAGCCUGCAGAUCUGCAAAGCUCUUGUCUACCUCGAAGGGGUCAACAUGGUACACAGAGACAUCGCGGUUCGGAACGUGUUGGUCGCCAGUCCGGACUGCGUGAAGCUUGGAGACUUUGGUCUGUCGAGAUACAUCGAGGAUGAAGAAUACUACAAAGCGUCUGUUACCCGCUUGCCGAUCAAGUGGAUGGCCCCAGAGUCCAUCAACUUCAGACGGUUCACCUCAGCCAGUGAUGUGUGGAUGUUUGCUGUAUGUGUGUGGGAGAUAAUGAGCAGAGGACAGCAGCCGUUUUUCUGGCUUGAGAACCGAGACGUGAUCAACCAACUGGAGCAGGGAAUCAGGCUGCCUAAGCCAGACAACUGCCCUCCUGCCCUCUACUCACUGAUGACCCGCUGCUGGUCCUACGAUCCCCGAGAGAGACCCACCUUCACUGAGCUGGUCGUCAAAAUCAGUGAUGUCCACCACAUGGAGAAGGAGCAGGAAGUGGAGAGAGAGAGGGACAGAGGGCGCUCCACAAAACUUUUCGACACGAAGUUCAGCUUUAAUGAGCCUCCUCCCAAGCCUUCAAGAAUGAAACCGGGGCGGUUCGGGAACACGCUCAGUAUUGGUCUACAUAUUCAGCUGAAUGAGGCUUUGUGUGCCAGCUCCCCUGACCUGGCCAGCCCAUGUGAGUACCAGUCCCCCGUCGACUCCAUGAACACGCUUGCGUUGCCAGCCAGCUCCCCUCGGCGUCGAAGCAUGGUGGAGGGCGAGUUUUUCCGUGUGGAACCAAACAGCAGGGCGGACGCCACGCGUAUGUGGCAGACGGAGCGACGGCAAAUGCAGAACACUCUGCGCCAGCAGAAAGAGCAGAUGAUGGCGGAUGAAAAGUGGCUGGAGAAGGAGGAGAGACUCCUGGUGGGAAACAGAGCAUCAUUAAGUUUUGUCAACCCCCUCUCUGUGUCUCUGUGUCCCCCCACUCAAUUCAACACGGCCCCGGAGGCUUCGUGGAACAAGAGAUCAUUAAACAAUAUCAACCCACUCGUUCACUCUCGACGCCCCGCUAGCCUUAAAUUGAAUGUUCCCCUGAUAACAGUUCCAAAGAGGGGGUCCAUAUUAUAUAAAGUGAAAGUGCCUGUUCUCUUGCAGGACCCCAUGGGACCAGACACUCCUGUCAGUCCAGCGUCACCUGAAGCUGAAGCAGAGAAUGCACCUCCAGAGAAACCCCCGCGGCUCACGGCACAGCCCGCACCCACAGCUGAGCUGGACCGUUCUGACGACAAAGUGUACCAGUACGUCAUGGACCUGGUCAAAGUUGUCGUCCAGCUCAAGAAUGACAUCCCAGAUGUGCCGCCGGAGAAUUAUAUCACCAUUGUGAAGUCCGUUGGGAUGGCUUUACGAGACCUGAUUCGCAGUGUGGAUGACAUACUGCCCACCUUACACGAGUCUGUCAGGACUGAGAUCGAGGGCACCCAGAAGCUGCUGAACAACGACAUGGCGGAGCUCAUCAGCAAAAUGCGGCUGGCUCAGCAGAACGCCAUCACCUCUUUGAAGGAGGAGUGUAAGAAACAGAUGCUGGCUGCAGCUCACACUCUGGCUGUGGACAGCAAGAACAUGUUGGAUGCUGUGGACCAAGCCAGAGUCAGGGCCAACUUGGCUAAGCCAGUGGGGCCCUAGUAGACUGUAAGUUCUCUUUUCAGUGUCAGGGAUCCUACUAGGGCUGGGUUAAAAUAUUCGAUCGAGAUCAGUCUUUUAAUAUGUUCCUUUUCCCAACUACAUGUGAAGCUUUCACCCCAUUCAUUUCACUGGUAUUAAACG